CAAGACAAGCGACCGGAGGAGACACUCCGAGUUCGAGAGGCGGCUACCACCACGGCCUGCUUCUAAAGUUCCCGGAGGAAGAGGCAAGGGGGAACCGGCCGAGGCGAGCUCAGGGGAUUUUUUUUUUUUUUUUUUUUUUUUUUGAAUUUUUAAAAAUGUUUUAACAUUUUGUUUCCAAAUACGCUGGGAGGACUGUUACUCGAAUAAGGUGCCAAACGGGAAUCGCGGAGCGCUGCGUGAGAAUCUACAGAAAAUGGCGGAGCCAGACAAAUUAAACAUCGACUCGAUCAUUCAGCGUCUUUUGGAAGUCAAGGGCUCCCGGCCCGGUAAGAACGUGCAGCUGACCGAGAGCGAGAUCCGCGGCCUGUGCCUGAAAUCUCGUGAGAUCUUCCUGAGCCAGCCCAUCCUUCUCGAGCUGGAGGCCCCCCUCAAAAUCUGUGGCGAUGUCCACGGCCAGUACUAUGACCUCCUGCGGCUGUUUGAGUACGGCGGCUUCCCCCCGGAGAGCAACUACCUGUUCCUGGGUGACUACGUGGACCGAGGCAAGCAGUCCCUGGAGACCAUCUGUCUGCUGCUGGUCUACAAGAUCAAGUACCCGGAAAACUUCUUCCUGCUGCGCGGCAACCACGAGUGCGCCUCUAUCAACCGAAUCUACGGCUUCUACGAUGAAUGCAAGCGAAGGUAUAACAUCAAACUGUGGAAGACCUUCACAGACUGCUUCAACUGUUUACCAGUAGCUGCUAUUGUAGACGAGAAGAUCUUCUGCUGUCACGGAGGCCUCUCACCCGACCUCCAGUCCAUGGAGCAGAUCCGCCGAGUCAUGCGGCCAACGGACGUGCCCGACCAGGGUCUGCUGUGCGACCUACUGUGGGCCGACCCCGACAAGGACGUGCUGGGCUGGGGCGAGAAUGACCGCGGCGUCUCCUUCACGUUCGGCGCCGACGUGGUGGCCAAGUUUCUACACAAGCACGACAUGGACCUCAUAUGCAGGGCGCAUCAGGUGGUAGAAGACGGUUACGAAUUCUUUGCCAAGAGGCAGCUGGUCACUCUCUUCUCCGCCCCAAACUACUGUGGAGAGUUUGACAAUGCCGGCGCCAUGAUGAGCGUAGACGAGACGCUGAUGUGCUCCUUCCAGAUCCUGAAGCCGGCAGAUAAGAAGUUGUAUCCUUACGGUGGGGGUGCUGGGAUGGGAUCAGGAAGGCCCGUCACCCCACCACGAAAUUCCGCCAAGGCCACUAAGGCUAAAAAAUAACACCUGCUACUGUCUUCUCUCCCUCCUCUUCUCCCUCCACCACAAGUCAACCCGAUGCUCUUUUAUUUUCUCUUUCCUACCUCCCAAAUGUCUUUUUUUUCCCUUUAGACAUUUCACUUGUGUUUUUCCGGUCUGUGACACAUGAAUUUUUGUUCUCUUUUUUUUUUUUCUUUUCGUUUUCUCGACAAAUAAGCUGUGUCCAUUUUUAAGGUAUAAUCACUGCAUUUUCGAAGCCGUCUUUCAAGAUGGUAGCUUUUGCUGGUUAGUGUGUGUGGGGGGCCUUACAUAGUGCACGCUGGCUGGGUGGAUGCACAGGCGGUAACCAUUCAAAAAGGAGAGAUUUAAGAUGUGAAAUACUUUUUAAUUUUGUAAAUAUUUAAGCAACGUCCUUUUUUAAAGAAUAAUACAAAAAAUAAGCAUGGAAGGACGUGUUUCCACCUCACCCCUUCAAAGAAGAGGAGGAUGCAUCACGGUGCCAAUACCAAAUACAACCUUGUGAACAUGGCACUUAUACUGAUGCUAAUUGAGGUGUGGUGGGUGGGAUUAUCUUGAAGGGUCUCUGCGGUUCCGAACACUGGUCCAGAACACGGCAAUGUAGUCUGUUAAAGACGUAAGAAAGCAGUCAGAAAUAGGACCGGUGAUGUUAAACUGCCACGGCGCUCGAUUGGCGUUUUAGGUCGCGUUCACACUUUAGGUUCGGUUACUCUGGUGCGAUUGGUCUGCGAGUGUGCGGUUCAUUGGGUCCAGUGUGAAUCAUGGUGCACGUAAAAGAACCAAGUCUGCUUCGGUUCAGUUCAGUGUGAACAUGACACUGCAUUAAAAUUACCAUGAGAGAAAUCACAAAUUUAUAACAGUAAAGAUCUACAUAUGCAUCCGUUCAUGGGUGUCUUUGUUUUUUGUUUUGUUUUUGUUUUUUUAAAUGCAUUUUAGUAUUGUUUAGUAAAGCUUCAGCUUGGAAAAAUUAGCAAAAAUCUAAAAAUCAUGAAUGCAUGCAAGGGAACAGAGGAUUUUUGUUAUCAAACCGUAACGUCUUGUCACAGACAAAAAAAAUCUCAAAACUAGGUCUAGUCAAGUUGAGACUAUAAAUUUUAGAUUGAUAAAAAUGCCAGUGUGAAUGUUCACAAUGAAGUACUAUCCAAGUAGCCUUUGGAAUCCCUCCUGCCAGCCUGUCCCUGAUCAUUGCGAGAGGAAAAAAGCGUCUGUCUCCCUUAUCCCUGACAGAAUAAGGAAGCCCCGUUUAUCAGCGUGUGAGGUUUUUAUAACCUUGUUUUUUUCAGAAACACCCUUUUUCUAAAAAUAAUCCUUUGUUUACGCUGUCCUGAUACGACCUGAGUGUGAAAGUACUUUUCACUUUCACUUCUCAGCGUGUCCUGAUUUUGACCUGUGUGGGAAGCACCUGUUUCCCCCUCAGAGUGGCGGUAUCUUUCACUUUCAGCGUUAUCCUGACUUGACCUCUUAUUUGCUCACCCAAAUAGGCUUCUUAGUAAAUACAUUCAACUACAAACACAUUUCAUAUGUUUUGAACUCAACCAAUACAUUUCAUCACACCAUGUUAAUUUCUAAGCAAUCUGCAAUACAUGUGUAUAUGUUAAAUGUCAAAAUAAUUGUAUAUACGUUCAUGUGAAUACAAUUCUCUCAUGCAUUCAACAGGUACGCCCUUUCCUUCUUAGUACAUCUUGUGCUGCGAUGCCUGAGAGAGACACUCUUACACAGGUACGCCCUUUCCUUCGUAGUACAUCUUGUGCUGCGAUGCCGGAGAGAGAGACUCUUACACAGGUUACAGUUCUUGCAUAACAGCUGUUCCAAAGCAUUGUAUAAUAAUAAUAAUACAAAAGUAAGAAUAAUGUAUAACAGCCUUACUAGGCUUGGUGUACUAUUUAUCAAUGAUUUUCAAAAGAACAUCUGAGUUAUAACAUCAAAGAGAACAUCAAAAUUACCUCAAGUAUAUAAAAUCAAACAAAUGGUUAUAGGUGGUUGACUUCAGUAUGUGUUUGUUUACUAUGAUAGGGGGUUUAAUAGUAUUAAGAUUUUAAGAAGACUUAUGCUUGACCGUGCGACUCAUACUUUAUGAUCUAAAUUUGGUUUGGCGACCUCUGGUGGUUGAACCAGGAAUUGAAACUGGGGCUAAGCUCAAUCAUGAACCCAGCUACAUAAGCCAAUUACAACCUUUUGUUCCAUCGCUUUAUGUGGCUUGGCCGCCCACUUGACAAGGUAUUGGUAGCUUAUGUAAGCCUUGGCGAGCAAGUGAAUUCUGGCACGGUUGAGCUUCAGUGUGAGAGCUGCACUAACUUGCGUUAAGACAACAGCAAAAACCCACAAAUAUAUAGCCGCAAGUGUCAGAAGGUAUGCUCUAGAGGCUUCUCCCAGUUUGUCAAAACAACAAAUUAGAUUAAAAUUAGAUCAAAGUAGUAGAUCAAAUGUAUAUAAUUUUCCAUCCAUCCGUUUUCGUCAAACUAAAUGUGGCCCAAUCAGGUCGUGACUUAUUUUUCUUUCCUUUUAUGAUAAAAGUUGGGAGUGUGAACGCUCAGCAACUGUAAGUGCAUAGUCCGCUUGGAAGGGAAGUCUGGCACAGUUCGGUUCACUUGAGCUUUCCUGCGCCGUGUAAACGCCAUUUUCGUAACACAAAACGUGAACUACAAGUUUGAACACUGCAUCAGUCGGCUUGUAAGUGAACUCUGGCACAGUUCAGUUCGCUUGAGCGUAAACACUGGCCGGAGUUAAAAAGAGGAAUUGGGAAUCUUAAACAGUAUGACGAUGUAAAGUGUGAACAGUAAUCGAAGUGGAACAGAGUACCAAACUACAUUUGUGAACAUGUCUGCUUGAAAGUAAACGCUGUCACAGUUUGGUUCACUUGAAAUGGGGUGUGGAUGUGUUUUCGUCUCAUAAAACUUUGUCCAAUAACGACUCGACUCUACUUUAUUUAUAGAGCACUUUAUAACAAUCAUAGCUGCACACAGUGCUGUACAUUAUCUAAAAAUAAAAAGUAAAAACAAUUAAAGAGAGGUCAAAUUAAAACAAUAGAUUAAUAGUGACAUUAAAAACAAAACUAAAACAAUGCAGAUUCUUAUGCUGAGUUGAAAGCCAAAGAAUAAAAAUGGGUUUUAAGACCAGUUUUAAAAAUGGACAGUGAAGUGGCUUGCCUAAUAUUUAGGGGGAGGUUGGUUAUUCCACAGAGAUGGACUGGCAACCGAAUAAGUUGUCGCCCAUCUGAGCCUCCGUUUAGUCCUCGGCACCUCCAGGAGCGUCUGGUCUGCUGACCUGAGGCAGCGUACAGGAGUGUCAGGGAUUAAAGAGUUACAAAAAAAAAAAAAGGACUCUGAAAUGAAGAGGAAGCCAGUGACGGGAGGCCAGAAUUGGGGUGAUGUGCUCCCUCUUAGGUGCUCCAGUUAGGAGGCGAGCAGCAGCGUUUUGAGCCAACUGGACACGUUUGAGGGAGGACUGACUGACUCCAAAAUAAAGGGAAUUACAGUAAUGCAGCCGAGCUGUAACAAAGGCAUGGAUUACUGUUUCAAAAUCCUGUUGUGAAAGAAAAGGCUUUACUUUAGACAGGAGGCUAAGAUGAAAAAAGAUGGUCACGACAACCGCAUCAAUUUGCCGAUCCAGUAUAAAACCCAACUUCGAGACUGUUAGCUUUUGGUAGUGUCAACGGGCGCAAGUCACCGGGGGGGAUUUACAAGGACCACUGGGACCAAACAGCAUAACUUGUUUUCUUAUUCUUAAAAUGCAAAAAGUUCAAUACUAUCCAGGCUUUAAUAUCCUCAAGACAUAACAAAAGAGGCUUUAAGGAGAAGGCGUCCUUUUUCUUUAGCGGGACAUAGAUCAAGAUAGAUCAAUAAGGUCGCGACUUGACGUUUACAACUAGAUAUUUUACUUAACAGCUUUUCGUAUGAUGUUAAUGCCAAGCGUAAACGCUAAGCCACCCAGACCAGAGUACUGAACUACAAGGGUGAACACAGCAUUAUUCGAGUUGGAGAUUAACUCUGGCGCUGUUCAGUUCAAUUGAGUGUGAACACGGACUCGUGUUAAAAUGAGAUACUAAACAGCACGUGUGGCGAAAUUUGUUUUGUCCAUUUGUUUAAAGUGUGAAAAAGACCAACUGGAAUAGCUUGAAAAAGGACAUUGGGGCAUUUCCAGCCCAAAUUAUCUUGCAAACUCAAUAAAAGGACAUCAAAGGUUAUUUAAAAAAAAAAAAAUAAAUGUACACAAAAUGUGGUCCAAUCAGGUUGUGACUCAUUUUUCUCUUUCAUGAUGCAAAUGUUUUUGGUCCAGACCAGAGUACUGAACCACAAGUGUGAACACGGCCCAAAAUGGGGGAUACGCCGGGGUGAGCAGUUACCAUGACAACUAGCCAAAAGAGACGAAGGUACGGCGGCUGCGAUUUGAUUCACAUGUAUUUUGCUUCUGCUUUUUUGGGGGAGCGAGAGAUAACAAGAGCCAUAGACAUUGUUAUCGUUCAUCAUGUGUUACAUAAGCAUGCAUGGAGUCGGUAGUAGUAAUAACAAUAUUAAGGCAAACAGGGUGUCGCUCCACAUGGAAACAUAUCCUGCAGUCUUUCAGGGUUUCUUACACUUUCUUCGGCCGUCUCCUUUUCUCCGUUCUCGGUUGCCACGUUUUUCCACAUCCUCUAUUUAGUUUUGUAAUGACGACACGUCAGCGCCCAUCCACUGAGAUCAACUCAGGAAGUGAUCAGGAAAACACAAAUCAUACGUAUGCAGAUACAUGACCACCAAAAACCUUCGACGAUAAAAUUUGGUUGCCGGGUAGGGUCGAGAGGGCAAUGCAUGGAAUUGCAGUCCAAGAAGAAAUUAAUUAAGGAUUUAAUAAAAAAAAAAAAAAAAAAAAAAAAGGUCCAAGACAGCCACACGAGGCCACUUCCAUAGUUCUAACACAGCUGUACAGACAUCUGCUUUGUGUGUGUUUUUUUUUUUAACCAUUGUUAUUCUUUUUUUGUUCAUGUUUUUACUGACAACUGUACAGUAUCUCUCUUUGUAGGAUUUUUUUUUUUUUUUUUUUUUUUUUUUUUUUUUUUUUUUUUUGAAAGGAACGGAUCAGGGAUGUUUUGCACCAUGUCCUUUCACUGGAUGUGUUAGCACAGCAGCAGAUCAGAUGAUCCCCAUGUUUAAAAAAUAAAAGAGAAACAAGUGAAACUAAUAACAAUGAUAUUGUAUUUGAUUGUUAAUUUCACCAGUAGAUCUCAAUCCAUUGCAAUUUGUCUCUGUUAAAAGCAUAGAAAUUAAAAAAAUAUACAUAGAAUUUGUA